GGAUUUCCGGUAGGCUCGUGCGGUAACAGUGCAGAGUGGGCGUUUAAUCCGUCUUCUCCCUCCAGCUCAUACAUGACUUCACGACGAACGUUACACAAGUUGGCCAACUCCAAACCGUGAAAAACCCACGAACAGACGGCUGUACGAAGAUGACGGAAAGCUCCGCGAACAAGCUGCUAAACGGGGACGCCUGUCACCGGACCUCAAACGGGAAAAAAUCGAGUAAAAAUGGCUUCACGAAGAACCACUGUCUGUUUCAGCAACCGCACAAGUACCGUCGCCCCAGAGAGAAGGUGAGGAAGGCCCAACCGUCAACUGCUCGAUACUGAGGGGGAUUGUUGUGUUUUUGUACCGUGUGAUGUAGACUAGUCUGAAUUAAGACAAUGUUACUAUCUAACGUUUUAGACAUUUAUCAGUACUUUUAAUUCUUAUUUUAAUCAGUGUUGAAAAGUGUCAGUUGCUAUCAUACAGUCUGUGGUUGCGAUUGAAUGACGGAAACAUCACACCAGCCCUCAUGUAAACUCUAACAUUAGUGUUAAUGUAAUAAUGAGUUUAGCCUGCUUUAUAUUACUGCUAAUGCUCAGCCUUGUGUCUGCAUCCCAGUGCAACAUUCUUAACUUUCUGCUAUUCAAUAUCCUCUCCUUCAUUUGAAUCACUAAAUUUUAAGUAUUUUAACCCUAGAACACUAUGAAUGAAUGUGAAUAAACUUUAUUCUUCUCCAGAGGACAAUUUAAAGGCCAUUGAGAAGCAAUAUACAUUUACAGAGACAGGAUGGAUGUGCAUCAAAGAAAGUAACUUAGUGUACACAGUAAAAAGAGGGGGGGAAAUGAAAAAUGUAUUUGUAUUUUAACCCUGGAACACUUUGGCUAAAAAUAGUAAUACCAUCACUAUCGCCAGGUGUUUUUUACAACCAAGAAAAAGUACUUGUCAUGAAAAUAUAUCAGAAUAGGACAAUACAUGACAAAUUAAAGUAGUUUUCUUUUAUUUUGAACUGUGCAAUGCCCAAAGAGAGAGGGGAAAAAGUGCCAUGAGGGGACCAUGUAUAGAAAUGCAACAAAAUAACUGAAAUUAGGCAUCAUGAACAAAAAAUUCCUAUUUAGUUCUGAUUAGACUCUAGUGUUGAGAUGUCUGUCUGUCAUGAUAGCAUGUACUGAGUCGGGCCAGUACCAGAUAAGCACAUUAAACUAUAAUCCAUAAAUAAAAGGUAACAACCGAGACCUAAUGGUGCUGUGACAGCAACGCUGUGAUUGAGUUUGAGACAGUGAAAAUACAUAUGGUAUGUUGUAUCUGAACAGGUUAGCUUACGAGCUAAAGUUACUUAGCACAGAUGAAAGACAGGGUACGCAUUCGAAAAACAAUUCCGAUGUCCGAAAUAAUCGCACGACAAAAACGGUACCGGUGUGAAAGAACCUUUACUGACCUUAUUCGCCUACAUGCAGCUAUCAAAUCCAUCGCUAUUGCCAAGUGAAAAUCACCCGAACACGUUUUGGAUCAGGGAAACAAAUAUGCCUUCAAAGAUGUCAAAAAUCACGUCAAUGUGUUUGGUCAGGGCGAUAGUGUUCUCGGGAUAAACAUUUCCACUAUUACAAUGUUAACAUUAUGAAAACCUUGGCAACAUAAACCGAUCUAGUGUAUCAGCUCCACUCCAAAAGUACAUUAUUAGAAGAGCGAGCAAAAAAGUAGCUUUCAUUCUAUUGCACUCCACUUCUAAUAUCAAGUUGAAGAUCUGGCAUCACCUGUGGGAUCAUAUCAGCAAAACUGAAAGUGUAGAAUCUGUCUAAACAGAGCUGUUGUAGUAGGUUGCGUUACAUUGAUUGCCCAGGUGCUCUGAAUGCUAUAUCUGGUCAGUAUGUAUGUUUUGUAAGCAACACCCGUCUGCGUUAAACUUCAUGUUUGGUGGUUACCUGCCACCUGAUCAGGCCAGAUUGUAGUGGUGGGUUGUUUGUAACCUUACACCCUGUUGUUUCUGCACUCCUGAGCAUAGCUGGUGAAGUCGGACCGGUCUCUGUUUACACUGACUCUACUAUGAUGAAGAGUGGGGGGCCCCUGUUGUGUUAUUGCAGAGUAGCUGUCUGUCUAUCUGCAUGUGUGUGUGUGUGAGUCUCCUGAGAGAGGAGGAGGGCUGGCCUGUCUCCACAUGACACUUGAGCGGGAGAGGAAUGUCUCCAGGCCGUAAAGGGUGUGGUCCCUCCUAGGGUUGAGAGAGAAACACCAAAAACAGUGUGUAUAUUGGUGGAGGUGGGGUAUGCAGCGAGAGACACACAUGCCUUUGUGUUUUUUGUUGUGAUUUUUUAAAAGUUUAGAUCUAAAGACAAAUCUGACAAACACACCUGCUUUUAAUGCUGAAUGAAACGCAUGACCUCUCGAUUUUGUCAACAGUACAUUCCAGACUCGCGACUGUUUAAAGCCACAGGGUUGCUGAUUUCAACAUACAGCAUGCUUACACAAUGAGGUCCAGAUGUUAUGGCUGUCAUACCAGUUACAUCCUUGUGCUCAUAAUGUCUUCAUUUAGCCAGAAGUGAAGUCUGUGCUGCAUGCUGUAUAUCAACGCCUAUAACGCCAUCUGAUAUUUGCUGUACUUCUAACUGAACCAAAGAGUUGGGGUUUAGUAGAAUUCGUUACAUCGGCAGUUGGAAGUGCAAGACGUACAUUUGAAGAGUUGGUACUAUGCUUUUUCGUACUUAAUUAAUAAAUACAUUUUAGUUGAAAAGGUUGAAUGUCAAAACUAAAGGUCCUUACACAAAGGACAUCGAAUUUCGACGCGCCUGACUAUACACAUCAAGCCUGAUGCCAUUUUGCGACUUUCCGCGGGAUAAAAGGCGCAUCCCGGGGAAGACUUUUCCCGGGGAAAGUCCCGCCUCCUUCGCCUCUGAUUGGCUAGAAAAGCUGGAAACGUCAUCACACGCUCAAGCUAAAUGGUCAGCACUUAUAGCCAAUCAAAGGCAAAGGAAGGCGGGACCUUCCCUCACCACCCUACAGCGUUCUAAAGUUCUAUUUAGACUCUAGUGUUGAGAUGGCUUUCUGUCAUGAUAGCAUGUACCGAGUACCAGAUAAGCACAUGAAACUAUGGUAACAACCGUUAGCAUACGUUAGCACAGAUGAAAGUUGAAACAAAGACGUUUAGCAAACUGUUAAAGCACACAAACCAUCGUCAUAUGAGAAAUCUGACGCUAUGACUCUCCACAAGUUGUCCUUCAGGUCGUUAUCUUUGUAAUUUGAUGUACGAAAUAAUCGCACAAAAAAUAACACUUCCGAUGUGUUGGGACCUUUAUACAUUUGAAGAGGUGGUACUAUGCUUUUUUAGAUUUAGAGUGGGGACAAAGUUUCAAACUGUAAGGUACGCAAAAUAAUUUGCUCAACUCAUGACAUCACUAGUUGAUCAAUAUUCGUCAAAGAGCGUAAUAGUUGUAGUGUUUAACAAAAAGUAACAUCUUAACAUUUUUUGUCCCUUUUUUCAAAAAAUCCAUAAAGCCAUGUUUCAUUAUGUGUCCUUUUAAGUCAAUGUAUGGCAACAGUGGAGGGGGGUCCCAGAGUACUGGGUGAAUUAAAGAGAGAGUAGCUGAAUCUGUUUUUAUCAAAGACAUCAUUCUGAAUAUGUGAAGUUUUUAAGCUGUAAAUCAUGUAAAACUUCUUUAAAGCUAUCAAGAGGAUUCAUCAUGAAAACAAGAAUUCUUCCCCUCUUUAUCAUCGUUAUUCAGUCAUUGAUCAGGCCAGCCUGAAUGAUACUGUGUUCAGUAUUAUGACACAUACCUCCAUGUUUGUAUCAGCAGUGGAAAAAGGCCCUCAUCGUACCUGAAAUGACCUCUGCCGGCUGUUGAUAAGGAUACCGCAUCAGGAGACCUAUUCUCUUGUGAAACCAAGCCUCUUGAGUCACUCAAGCUUUUACUUUAAAUCAACUGGUAACAUUGGGAUGUCUUUCCCUCACAAGUUAAGCACGGAAUUCAGACCAUUUUGCAAACCAGUGAAGAAACAUCCUCGUGGGUCAGGGUCUGCAGCUGAAAAACUCUACUUAGAGGCCGGAUUUUGAUGAAGAGGCAGGAAUAAAUAUCUAGCUAACAGCUUUCAGCGUCAAUAAAAACAGUGUCAAUAAUUGCUCUCUGGUGGUUAGCUGCAGUUAAACUCGGUUUCUUGUUGUCAACACUUUGUAACAGGGUUAUGAGCUGCAGAAUAAGCAAAGUAAAGAGUAGUUGUAGUAGUAUAUUUCCACAGAAGUUGAACGCUGGAUGCAUUUUUCACAAGAGUUGCUCCAUGAGCCAGUGGCACAGCUUUUAUUUUCCAGUCUCUGUUUGUCCAAUCAGGUAUAAAAAAACUGAACAAACCUGACAUCAGCCAAUCUGUAUUUAGCUGCCGUGGCGAGCGGCGUACCUGAAUGUGAAUGUGUUUUUGUGCUCGCUGUUUGAUGCAGGCCAAUAAAACCAUGGCGUAUGGUCUGCUGGUCUUUUAAUUCAGAGAGGGGGACCUGUUUGACCGGCUUUUAAAACACACACACACACACACACACACACACACUCACAAAGUGCAGUGCCCUCCUGUUCUCUGGCUCAGAGGUAUUUCUUGGAGAAGCAUGACUGGUCACAUGAGCCGUGGUUGCUAAGCUGCAGGCCAGAGUGUGUAAUGAGUGACCGCCCUCAUUUGUUUAAUGUUGGUUUAGUAGACAGGAGCGAGUUCACAGUCCAGCUAUAAUGAUGCUAUUUUUUCUCCAUUUAGUUUUUGAGGAGCUCCUCCGGUGUGUGACCACAUUUAUACAGCCCCAUAAUCCAAGAUCAAUAUUGCUAUUCAUAAAACUCAGUGAAUUAGAACCCUGGUCUGAUGGCUUUUUACUGCUUACUGCUCCACAGGGGCUCAGACACGGUUAGGUCUCCAGGAAUUAAUGCGCUUAUUGUGGCUUUUAUUUAGGCUGUUACUCUUUUCCAUGAGAAACACAAUUUUGACAAACAGCCCUUCUGUCGUGGAGUGUGUGCCCAGCUUGUACCGAGGUAACUUUGCUGGUUUUAUCACAAUUUAUUGGUCUGCUUAGUGAGGCAGAUGAAAGUGUAAACAAAGUCGAGGUAAAGAUAAACCCUGCCAGCUGACUGGGGUGGUUUUUUCAAGUGGAAAGUCAUUGAUUUAGCGAACAUCAUCACCACUAAGUCUGUGUUUUAGGGCUGGGCGAUAUGGGAAGAAGUUUAUCAUGAUAUAUUUUUUUCAUAUCAGUCAAUAUCAAUAUCACAAUAUAAAAAUUAGGGCUGAAACGUUUCCUCGAAUACCUCAAGUACCUCGAUUACAAAUAAUAAUUUAGGAAUUUUCUCUGCCUCAAGUCCUUGUUUAUAAACUCAAAUUGUCACUCUUUCACACGGAUUCUUUUGAAGGUGACACAAUACUCGUACGUCACCAUGGUAGAAGGAGGAGUAAGCGCUGUUUAGGUUUUGCAGAGCGGACAAAAUAAACGCUGAGAGGGGUUUUCUUGCAGUGUUGCCAACCUAGCAACUUGAGCGACUUUUCGCGCUUGUUCCGCGCUUGUCCUCUUUUUUUCUGAGUCUGACCUUCGUUGCGGGGCUAUAGGAAAUCUAACUUUAUGUGAGUCUGCCGUUUGGGUCCAAGUACUCGAGUAAUUGAUGGAAUAUUCGGUAGAAUGCUCGAUUACUAAAAUAUGCGAUAGCUGCAGCUCUAAUAAAAAUUCACAGCCUUUAAGACAACACUAAAGAUGGGAGCUUCUACCUUUUGAAGACUAGUACUGACACUUAUUUCCUUUGUUUUACCUCCAGAACCAAAAUGUUUCCCACAACCCCAGCCUGUACAAGAAGCCCUUCUUGGAGUCAUUCGAGGAGACUCCUCUUCUGGUGGCCGUGCUCACAUACAUGGGCUACGGCAUCCUCACCGUCUUCGGUUACCUCCGAGACUUCCUCCGUCACUGGAACAUCGAGAAGUGCCAUGUGGCUCGAGAGCGAGAGGAGCAGAAGGUAAUGUUGAUAUAGCGAACUGUAGGGUGUUUCACUUCACCUACAGAAGAACAAAGAUGCCUUUUUGAAGUUCUGACACUAAGAGCUCUUGUAAACUCUCCUUUUGCAGGAUUUUGUCCCUCUCUAUCAGGACUUUGAGAACUUUUACAACAGGAACUUGUACAUGAGGAUCAGAGACAACUGGAAUCGGCCCAUCUGUAGCGUCCCUGGCGCCAAGAUGGACCUGGUGGAAAGAGUGUCCCACGACUACAACUGGACCUUUGAGUAAGUCGCCGCAUCAUUGCGUGAUAAGAUUCUGUGGAUAUAGUAUCGAGGUGUUGUCUUUGAAGGUCAUUAGUCCCUCAGAGGCGUGUAUUUAUAUGUUUCUGAUACGUGACAUGAUGGGAAGCGCAUUGAUUUGUGCUAAAAGUCACUGACCUUGUAUGUCUGAUAAUAUGAAUGACAUCAGCAGUGAGUGAGAUACUAUCUUAGAAGCUGGAGUAAAGCUGAGAUAGCACUGAGCAGAAAACAAACAAAAGGCAGUCCUGAUAACACAGUUACAGAACUCAUGUGAACUCAAUCUAGUACCAACACAAUAAAGGAAGAACAAAACUCAAACAUAUGUUUUUUUUUUUUGCUGCAUUUCUUUCAUUUGAGUGUUUUUUACUAGAUUAAAAAUCAAGAAGAACUGGUCAGAAAACUUCAGUUUGUAGGACCAAGAAGGACAAACAUCAAUUUAUCUGCAGACAUUCUGUUCUGAUAGAAGUGAAGUUUGUGUCACGGCUUUAGAUAGAUGUGUGCGAAGAGUCAAAUGUAUUUAGGGGCACAUGUGCGCAUAAAAAAAUCACCAGAGGCAACAAAUGUUUUAGUUUUAGGUUGGAUAUUCGACGCACAUUCACUGCGGAUCUAACAGCAACGUGGUUAAAUACACUCUGCACCCUCGCUGUCAAUGUUGGGUGUUGAAUAAGGGACCAUCAAUAAAUUACCGGCUGAUGUUCUCAAAAAAAGGCUGUUUUCCUUCCAUAGCUUCCAUGUCAUGUGACCAAAAGACCUAAAAUUGAUUUCAAGUAAUAGUACUUGUGUCGACCGAUAAGACCGAUUGUGCCCCUCAAGUUCUUUGUGUGCUCCUUGUGAAAGAAGUUAGUGUCAAGCCCUGUCUUCUCUGGAUGUGAAGUGUAACAUUCACUCAGCACACAUAUACACAAGGACUGAGACAGCUUCUCAUGCAGGUGUGGUCCCACUCUCUGUUUCUCAGGCACACAGGCAAAGUGGUGAAGGACGUCAUCAACAUGGGCUCGUACAACUACCUCGGCUUCGCAGAGAACGUCGGGGCCUGCGCCGACGCUGCCAUCGAGUCCACGCAGAAGUACGGCGCUGGAGUGAGCAGCACCCGCUGUGAGAUGGGUAAGAGUCGAACUUAAGAGCUGCUUUGAAAGAGUAAUCGUCUGAGAUUCCCUUUGAGACCGACGACAAACCUCUGCAGGUAUACGAGCGACUGCUCCCUCUUUUGUAUGUCGUUCAGUCUUCAGGAGACAACAGAGGCCACAGGCAGGAGUGGUUUUUUCAAGGAUCAAAAAAUAGAGCGAGCUUUGAAGUUCACGUCCUCUCACUCCUGCCCAUGAGUGGAUGAAGCCUGUUUCUAAAGCUAGAGUGCAUUCCUGUCCUCAUAAAACAUUUACAAAGCUGAUUUUUAUAGAAAGUAAUUUUGAAUCGAGCAAUGUUUGCAUCAAUAAUUUCCAGCUAGAAGUCUCUGCCUUUACUACAGUAUGGCAGCUCUGUGCGGUUCUUAGUUUCCCUCGUUCUCAGCCUGUUUUUGAUUAAAUUCGACUAAUGUUAAUAAUUAAUUUUUAAGACAUAUACUCAUGGUGUGUGAGGGAGGAAUGUAAACUCUGUUAAGUUUGAUAGAUGGCUGAAUCUGAAUGCUCUACUAAUGGACUGCAGUGCUAUCCACUAUUACUCUACCGUUGUUCUCAGAUGACCUCACUGAUUUUAUUUCCUCCGUAGAUCCCCUAAAUUGACACGAGCGUAUUCUUCUGUAAUUAGAGAAGGUUUCUGUCACAGUAUCUUAUAGUACAAGUUCUCUCCCCCUGUACGUCAGUGGAAAUGUGUGUCAGGAGGACAGUGUAGGAAGUAUCCACGUCCUCAUCUAUCGAGUCUUUAUGUCGCUGCUGGAAGGAAAUUCCUUCACGUUGAAGUGGUCUGUUGGAGUUUCAACUGAGACUGUGCUGUUUCCAGGAAACCUGGACAUCCACGAGGAGCUGGAGCAGUUGGUUGCCAGGUUCCUAGGUGUUGAGUCAUCUAUGGCUUUUGGCAUGGGCUUCGCUACAAACUCUAUGAACAUUCCUGCUCUCACCGGGAAGGUAGGAAUUUCAUUUAUUUCCUCUAUUUGUUGUUCCUCUGGCACCACGCUCCUCUUGAUUGGAUUACUGUUACCCUGCUUUUUUAGGUUAUGUUUGCUCCCGUACCCAUCCUGUUAUUGUACUGGGCGCCGUGAUUACAUUACCUGUUGGGUAAAAACAGAGUUUCCUGUGUAAAGUCAAAACACGCCACAUUUUCAGAUGUACGACCAAGCCUCGGAGAGUUCAGACCGUUCCACAACACGUCAUUUUCCACCCAGAGCUUUCAAAACAUUUUUCGAGCAGCAGGUUGGAGAUAAAUAUUUGACAAGUCCCAGUCGCUGUUGUUCUAACCCCGACAAAUCACACAGCAGUCGGGCACCUACGCUCUUCCUAGUUUUCUUCUCCCGCAAUGUGACUCGAGCAGGAUGUAGAAGUUUGAGCCGACAGGGGUGUGUAACCUUGUGAGCCGAAGAGCACACUUCCUGACACAGACACAUGAGCGGAGAGCAGAUAAGCAAAGCGCGAGGGUUAAACGUACGACCCGACAGUAAGGACUUGAGUCACUACUUUUGUCACAUGGGUCCAUAAAUUCGUCACUAUGCCUGUAACUUCUCUACCAGCUCACAUCAUGAUGUUACAGCCGAAACCUGUGUUGUGUAAGGAGCCUAUUCAUUCAUUAACCAGAAGAGGUGGUGUGAUUUGUCAGCAUGCUGGAGUGUGUUGACUCUGAGAAGUGUUUGCAAUAGUUGUGUUGUAAUGAAGGAAACACUUUUUUGACCAACAUCAGACUCUUAUUAAAGUUAUUCAGCUUUUAAUUACACAGUUAGAGCAGACUAAACUGAACUGUGCAAUCUUAAUCAUAGCUAAUUCUUCGUACUUUGAUUUUUUUCCUUCCACACAGAACAAUAACAUGAUUUUUAUAUGAUUCUAUCUCUGUUUUCUGAUUGUAGAAACCAUAUUAGUACUCGGUGUAGCCCAAAGAGUAUUAAACUGGCAGCCACACUGGGAGUGUGCGACAGAGACUUUCCGCCUCAGACAGGAAUAAUCAGUCUGAGCCAGAAAGGUGUUGCCUAACUUGAGAAAACUCAAACAUGUGACGCCCUGGGGUGUAACAGUGAUACGAGCGAAAAACUACCAAAGAGUGUUUUUUUUAACUUGAAUAUUUCCCACUCAGGAGUCAUAAAUCAUAACUCUGUGAUUUCUUUUGCUUUAGGGUUGUCUUAUUCUGAGUGACGAGCUGAAUCACGCCUCCCUGGUGCUGGGCGCCCGCCUGUCCGGCUCAACAAUCCGGGUCUUCAAACACAAUAGUGGGUGACCUUCAAUACGGAGUACUUCUUCUCAGAACAGUUAGAUAGAAAUGUGUCAGAGCGUACGUUCAGGGAAUGCAGGAAUUCAGCUUACACAGAGUGAACGUGGACUUAGGAAUGAGUGAAUCAGUUAUAAUCUAUAUUACCCAACAGGAGACAGACUGCAAGUUACUUUAACAAAUACAAAUAAGUUUGUUUUUGCACUUCUAAAUUUGUUUUAUUCUAAAUUCUAGAAUAUUUUAGUACCUGUCAAUAAGUUUGGUGAUAACAGGAAUAUUCAGACCCACAUGCACAAGCUAUCCUCAAGUUCCGCCUUUUAAGUCAUCUAAAUUCAUACCGAGCAGCCAAGAACCAGGCAGGCUGGCCGCUAAGACAACACUGUGAAGCAAAUCUUCGAAGGGCUGCCAUCUUCCAGUACUGAAGAGAACCUCGUGUGUUUGUUCAAGAGGCAGCAGCACAGUAGCAUCCGUCCUGACUGAGUCAAUAAGCGUUCCUCUCUGUGUCAUAGACAUGCAAAGCCUGGAGAAGUUACUGAGAGACGCCAUCGUUCACGGGCAGCCGAGAACCCACCGACCCUGGAAGAAAAUCCUCAUCGUGGUGGAGGGCAUAUACAGGUAAUGUACACAGUAAUCUUCUCCUUUGAGGACAUUUGACCAUUUAUGUACAUCUGAGAAAACACAAAAGGGAAAGCUUUUGACCACACUAGGGAUCUUCCGGCGUAAGAUUAAUUUAGGGUCAAACAGACUCUAGUCAUACCAACUUUAGUAACGACCGCAGGAUAGCAAUACACAGCGGUCUGAGGAGCCAUAAACAAACCUCAACCAAAACGCCACUCUAUAGCCACAAAUAAUGCUCAGAACAGCACCUAACUUCAUCAAUAGGACAUAUAGGGUCCCAGCCACAGCACUUACCACCAAACAUCUUUUUAACUUCGCCUGAUUUCUUUCGCAAAGAGACUAAACAUAACUCACCUACUCUCUUCCAGAAGUUGCUUGUUUGUAGCGAGGCUUCAGGCCUGUCCAUUAUGGACUGCAGCGGGGUUACGCAGCUCAAGGAAGAACAUUUGUGAUCAUUUCUUCAUGGAAAUGCAAUCAGACCGAGACGCUAAGGCAGAAGAACUACCGCAUCUGAAAAUGAAAAAUGAUUAAUAUGAUGAUUAUUACCUCAAGGAAAUGAUAAAUUAAUGAUCGCAAAUGUUCUUCCUUGAGCUGCGUCACCCCGCUGCAUUCAUCUCUCGACAGGGUGUCUAACUCGGUGUCGCGGUGUGUUUGACCCUAAAUUAAUUUUAUGCUGGAGUAUUCCUUUAAGUGUAAAAAUUGUUCCUUGGGUCAUAUGUGCAACUUAUCAGAGUUGUGUAUGUAAACAAAAAAGCAUUUCCUUACAUUGAUGUUUCUUAAUGCUGCGUCCACAUGCUGACAAAAAGUGAGUGAGGAUAAGUCACACAGUUUCCAUGUCAGUGUGUGAGCCGUGACGACAACACUCCCUUAUAUCAUUUUGUUUAAAAAAAAGAAAAUAACGUCUCUUUGAAAAAUGCGCCCACUCUCCUUAAAUCAUAAUGCAUUCCUUGGUGUUGAAAGUGUACUUACUGUAAAAGCAAUCAAUCCUGUCGAUCAAUACAGUCGUCAGCCUGACAUAAUCAGUGCCCUUUACUAAUGCAAUGUUAAUGGAGCUUCAUUUCCUCUGGGGUUUGUGAAGCGAACACUCCGGCUGCCACGACAGACAGUGUCUACACAGGCGUUAACACCUUCAUAAACACAGGAUUUAAAUGCAGGAAGAGAGACAGCUUAUCACAUAUCAGCUGACUGAUCAUUGUCAUGUCCUGCAGCAUGGAGGGGUCUGUCGUGCGCCUGCCCGAGGUCAUUGCACUAAAGAAGCGCUACAAGGCGUAUCUGUACCUGGACGAGGCCCACAGUAUCGGCGCCAUGGGACCCAACGGUAAAGGAGUCGUGGACUACUUCGGCCUGGAUCCUAAAGAUGUCGACGUCAUGAUGGGGACUUUCACCAAGAGCUUUGGCGCUGCCGGAGGAUACAUCGGAGGAAAAAAGGUUGGUUAUACAAUUCACUCUCCUCCGCUGUAAGGAAAGACAGGAACAGUGAUUACAUUCGCUGGAACUUCCUCUUUAGGGAAACUAAAACAGUUCCAGACGUUCAGCAGACUGUGUCAUUCACUCUCAGUGUUGGUCAUAAUGCUUACCAGCAGAGGGAAACUGAACUUCCUGUUUUUUUUUUCAAAGGCAGAGUUUUGCUGCAAUCAAGGCGAGCGCUUAUUACGAAAGAUACAUCCAGUUCUGAGGAAUCUUGUGUUUGUUUUAUGUCAUCAUGUGCCAAUUUGUACACACCCAUAUAUAUAUAUAUAUAUAUAUAUAUAUAUAUAUAUAUAUAUAUAUAUAUAUAUAUACAGGGUGAUGUAAUUUUGAGAGUAAACCUGCAGCCAUUUUUCAGUAAUAGGUAACAAUAUAACAAAAUUUACACCAUGUUAACUUUGCAAAGACAGCACACAAAAGGCAUUGGAUAUUCCUCUCAGCAGAGGAAAAAAAACAACCCACUCCUCAAUAUGCAACCGGUGGAUAAAACCGAAAUGAAAAGUAAACCUCACUGAUUUCAUCAUUCCGAAUGAUUCUGCAGGGCCUCGUGUCUUCAAGUGAGGGAAAAAAAUCAAAUGAAAAACUCGAUUAUUGUCCCACCUCAGUGUCUCAUUUCCUUUGCCUGCCUUUUCCCAUAGAUGCAGUGCUACUGAACGGCCUUUAUCCAUUCAGAUGCAUAUAAACUCACUUCUUCUUCUUCUCUGGGAUUUAUUUUGUCUGCAGUGCAUCUCAACACGCAGAUGCUUUUAAGAGUUAUUCUGUUGUUGCCUAGCAUCAGAAGUGUCCUGGAGGCACAUUCUUGUAAUACAAAGUCAUUUAGAAAGCUGUGAAUUGAUUUCCCUCCAGUGUGGGCAGACUUAAUUGUACCUUGUCGGUGUUUUCGGUCCCUGACAGAAAUAUUAUGUUGUACUAAAACCAAAAACAUGCCGUACAUUCUGCUGCGGCACCUUUUUUUCAGUCAGUAAUGUGACGAUAAGUCCAGUGCUGCAACAGUGGAACCACUGCCUCUCUCUCUCUCUCUCUCUCUCUCUCUCUCUCUCUCCAGUCUUUCAUGUCUCUGUUUUGCUAAAUGGUGUAACUGUUAUUCCUCCCCGUUGUAAUAGGAAGAUAAAGUUAGUAAGAACUGUAAUUUCUCUGUCAGGAGCUGAUCGACUACCUGAGGAGCCACUCUCACAGCGCCCUGUACGCCACAUCCAUGUCCCCUCCAGUGGCCCAGCAGAUUAUCACUUCCAUGAGGAUCAUCAUGGGAGAGGACGGGACAACACUGGGUAGGUGCCAGAACAUGAUACCAGUCACUUCAACUCAGUCACGAUCAUAUCUGAAGAGAGUGAACAGAUGCACAUUCGAGAUAGUUACUGUUUGCUGAGAUUGCAGGAGAUUCCUGAGAGUGUAAGACUCACACAGAGUAGAAUAUCAUGAUUAACACUUAGUACUAUGCUGGAUCACCGCCAAUCCCAUGUAACACCAUUAAUAUUGUUUACAGUUUCUCAAGAACUAUACCGUGUAUCUCUAUGGGAAGAAAAGUGUUCAAAAACGAACCCUUUUGGUGAUCUAUCGAGGGUCUCCAGGCAUUUCUACACCUGCCACAAGGUUUACAAUCCAGACUCAAAAACAGGUGUUUGAUCAGAGACAUUUGAUGGUAAAUCCGCGGUGAUAUAUCGGUGAAAACAUGAUUAUUUAUCAUAUUGUUACGAUAAAUGCCGCUAAUAUCUUCUGGGUUUGAAAAGCUGUUUCGAUGACGUCUUUUUCUGUCAAACUUUCGACCAAUUACAAGGUCUCAUAUUCUUCUUUUAUUGUUCCCUUGAUGGUAGUGUCCAAUAAGAGGCAACUAAAGAUCAACAAGAGACAAGAAAGUUCCCUGCUUGUCUGUGAAAUAAGAAAUAAUGGUCUUCAAUGCUUGGAAACAAGCAAAGAAGAGAUUCUGAGCAGAAUGAUGUGGCUCUCUGUCUCAUCCCCGACAGGAACUGCUUCUAGGAGUAGCAAAAACAACUGUAAAUAACAAAAAAACGCCUGGAAGAAUUAGUGUAAAUAUGUAAAUAGUUCCUGUUGUGUGUUUGUUCCAAUCCCAGUAUUUCUUCUCCUGAUAGCCAAGACAUAAGAGACUCAUGUGCAGGUGAGAAAAGGCUUGGUCACUGUAGAUUUAUGUGUUUUUUGAGCAAAGUACUGUUGGUAUCAAUUUCCGUCUUUUUUGUUGACUUUGAUGGUUCUGAAUCUACAGUCACAUUUAUUUUACAUAAUUUUUACACCCAUAAACUGACAGCUGAGAUUGUCCUGACCAAAAAAGACGUGUAUGAAAGGAAAGAGUUGCUAUAAAGAUUUUUGAAAAACAGGCAAAAACCAAAAAUAGCAAAAUCUAGCUGGGAGUUCUGAGGGUUAAAAGUAGAAAAUUAAUGGCGUUUUUGUUGCUAUUACAACAUCGUGAAAAGUCCGAGAUGUCUCGGUCACUGGUUUGAGACUGCACUGUGGUUGGAGCCGGCAUCAGCUUCCCUUAGACACCACAAGAUGGCAGUAUAACCCUUAGGCUGAAAUAUUCCUGAAGACCCAAGCGCUGCAGUUACCAAACCCCCUUUCUGCCUUUCCCUUCUUUUGUACUUUGGCAUUUUCAUGCAGAUAGCGCUCGAUAACCUCGCAAAGUUUUCCAUCCCAGCCUAAAGAUAAAAGCCUCUAUCUGUGACCUGCUGGAAAUAAUUUACUAGUAAAUAAAGGUGUGUAAGAAGCUCUUUCACGUAUGCAAACUGUUUUUGGAGUAUCAUGUAAAUGCCACACAGGUUUGCAAUCUCAGCAGGUUAGAUAUGCCUUCAAAGUAGUGUGUGUAACUGGGUUGUUACGACGAGUAUAAGUCGAUUAAAACCCAACUUGUGUGAGCGUAAGAUUCACUUUUGUGUCACUGCUGGUUUGGGAUAUUUGAUGGUCUGUAAGUCUACAUUUAAAGCUCCUCGGUGGACAGUUCCCUUCGUCUCCUCAGUUAAGCUCGGGCUGACAGAAGGUCUUCUUGAAGUGUUGGUAUGCUGACUUCUCUACCCUUUCCUCUUUAUGGCUUUCAGAUGUGUGUUUCCUUGAGUAUGUGCGCGCUCCUUUUGCCUUCACGCUGGGUACAAAGCAGCGUGGUGCCGAGGGCGAGAGAUCUGCGCAGAUCAAACCCUGUCGGACUCAUCUCCUACACACACAAACAGAACCCCGAGUUUUGUUUUUCUUGCAGGGCGGCACCCCUUUACUCUUUUACGGGGCUUGAUUGAUGCCGGCUCCUUUAACAUGGUGAUUUAGGGUCCGAUUACCUCGCUCCCCCCCCUCUCUCAUUGAAUCAUUAGGUUCUGGAGUAAACACCUGAGGCAACCUAGUAUAAUAUAGCUGCUCUACAAUGUCAUCAGCUCUUUUCUGGGCAGAGCAGGCCUGACUGUCUGACCUUUUAACAUCUCCCAGUUUAGAGGACUAACAAUGACAGUCUGAUUGGUUGCAGCCCUGUCACUCUUUGAAAUUCAGCCCUUUGAAGAUCCAGACGCUGACGCAGACUUGAAGUGACAGUCGAGAGCUGCCUGCUAACAGUUUGUUUUCUGCGUCGGGGAGUCAGCGAGGACGGGAUGCUCAUGGUUCCCGGCAUCGGUCCGCAUCGAAAUGUGACGUUUGUUGUUUGAAGCUCACAUCAAUCAAAUAUGUGGAUGGGGAAGUAAAAGCAGAAGAUGGGCAAAGCUUUUCAUCAACAUGAAAAGAACUCAAAACGCCUGCAAAGAAAAAAGUCUGAAUAUUAUAUACUGUUUUUUUUUUUGUUUCAUCCAUCAGUGCUGAGAAUAGCUUUGGAUUCCUUGACUGUGGAAAAAGACGUCUGGAUAAAUAUAAUGUCAGACUUUGUUGUGUCUCAGGACGCUUUGAAGUCGUGGUGUUUCUGCUCUGUUUUUCAGCACAGCAAGGCAGAUGUGCGUUGCUGUUGGCGCUUUUCAGCCAUAUGGCUAUUUGUUUGGUUAAGAUGCUAUCUCUGGAGGGUUGAGCCCCGGGGAUUCGAGGAGUGAAUCCGCCGUGUGCAUCAGACUGACACGUGAGGAUUGAUGCCUUGACCCCGACUUUCAAGAAUCACACUUGUCCUUAAAUGCAGAUAAUGUCCGCCUCUGUCCAAAAUGUGGGUUUGCUUAGAAGCGCCAGGCUAAAUUGUGGAUUUAUUGGUUGUUUUGAUGGCUGAGAUGUCACUGGAGCAGGAUUUCAUGUUGGCUUCAUGCAACUGUCGGUUUAUUUGUCUAAGCAGAAAAAGUACAACGCCUGAAACAAAUCCAUCAUUUAGUUUUCAAACUGGCUUUGUGCAAACGCAGAAAUUAUAACAAACGAACAUAAAAUUAAACCUGCAACUCAAAGUUGACCUGCUAGUUUUCAAUAAUCAUUAAUUCAGAGUUUCCUCUGCAGCUCUCCAAAGUUUCCUGGAUUACUAGAACACCACAGUUGAAAUGCACUCAAGUUUGGUGGUGGUGGGUAAUUACAAUCGUGCGUUAUGUAAUGCUUUGAUUGGCAGCUAAACUGAAACAAACACAGCUCCAUGAGGUGAACGAAUCAGCACACACCUUCACAUGUUUUAACUUUGGCUGAAAAGUUUCCAGACUAAGUUAAUAGAAGCAGGAAAACGAAGGAGCACAAUAGAAACAGAAAACAAGAUGGGUACGUUCGUGCAUCAGUCAGUGCGUUUACAUGCACAGCUUAAUCGGACUGAGCUCAUAAUUUGUUUUUUUUCACCGAAUCAGACUUCUCUCCUUGUCUGCAGACACAUGCAGCUGAGAAUUGAGUUAUUGACAUGAACGUGUCCUCCUUCCCAAAACUAGAGGGUGAUACAGGUCUUUCAGCGGCGCUGAGGUCUCCGCUCCUCGUUUUGCGACCGUCCUUAUACGUUAAAAUGUCCUUUUCUUUCAGGAGGGAAAGCAUAACGGCACUCUCCUCGUCGUUCCAAAAGUGGACAUUCUUUCGUGCUUCAGAGUUGAGUUCUUUAAAUCAGUGGUUCUCAACCCGUCUCCCUCUGGGACCCACAUUUUCCGGCGACACACUUUUAUAGAAUUCAAACCAAGAAAGUUUAUUAAAAAAUUAAAAUAACCUUUAAAGACUCUAAUCUUUAGUAAUAAUCCACUUUUUUUUACUGAGUAAAGUUCAUUUCAGAGCACAUGAAGGGGACGACAUGAGGCCGACAACUACUGAAGUUGCAUAUACAGAAAAUAUCAAAUAUCGAAUAAAUAUCGCAUUAAAUAUUAAUUUUUUUGACCAGCUGUUUGUGGCCCACCCAGAACACGUCUGUGACCCACUCUUGGGUCAGAACCCACCAGUUGAGAACCACUGCUUUAAAUGAUAGCGCCACUUCUUCUCCGGUGUUUUUGUUCCGGGGUUACGGGGGCGUGGCAUAUGCUUUGUCCGAUCAUCUUGCGACUACGCUGGUUACAUGGUGGAGAACAUCGAAUUCCAGUCGCAUUAUAUGGGUGUCUGAAUCAAAGUCUCCGACUCCAAUCCGAGUUCUUAAACUCUGAUUAUAGUCAGACUGAAGGUGUUUACAGGCAGUUCAACUGUCCAGUCCGAAGUGUCAUGUAAACGUACUGAGUGAGUCCUUUAGGAUUCUGAGGGUAUGUGGGGGCUCUGAAUCGUCAGAGAUGCAACAAGAAAACCUCCAUCACAUGAACAUCAUCAUAAAUAAACUGAGUAACUAUUUGAUAUUCAUGUUGUUAACAGUCUGUGUGUCCUUCUGCUUUUUCCAGGCGCCGACCGCCUCCGACAGCUAUCAGAGAACACCACCUACUUCCGCAGGAAACUCCACGACAUGGGCUUCAUCAUCUACGGCAACGACGACUCCCCGGUUGUACCCAUGAUGCUCUACAUGCCUGCCAAGAUUGGGUGUGUGAUUCUCCUCCUCCAUUUGGGAUCAUUUAAUAUGUUUUAAUUUAUCGAGGAUAAUUAGUGUGAAAUAUUGGAAGAAUCUUGUAGUGAUUUCACAUUUUUGGAACAAACAUAAAGAUGAUUUUUCCUCACUCUUGUCCCCCGCCACAAAUAGAUCUGACUUCAUGUGCGGAAAGCUGUUUAUGGUUUUAGAUUCACACAUUAAAGGGGAAAAAAAACAUGUAAGAUGUGGCUGCGGUGUUGGUGGAGAAGUCGGACUUUCCGUGCGUUGCCCCGCAUCUCAUGUCGCCGUGUCUUUUCAGGGCGUUCGGUCGGGAGAUGUUAAAGAGGAACAUCGGAACGGUGGUCGUGGGCUUCCCAGCGACAACCAUCAUCGAGUCGAGGGCGCGUUUCUGUGUCUCAGCCGCCCAUACCAGAGAGAUGCUCGACACAGUAAGUCACCACCACAUCCUCAUCACUGUCUGAAACACAAACACGUUUAGAAGGCACGCUAUAAAAGGGAAAUAGAUGGAGGAUGUUCGUUUUUGUAAGAAACAUCCUGUAGGUUUUAUUCUGUCUGGUGAUGGAUGACACAGCUGACAGCUUCUCCAUAUUUUCAUACCAUUUUUUUCCCCCUCGCUUAUUUUAAGCAGAAGCUCGUCUUAGAUGUCCUGCCAUAAAAGGACCAUCUCCUUUUAAAGCAACGUGUGCGAAAUUCCAAAAUCAGCGUGAAAAUGACUACCAUCCAAAAUGCAAAAGAGCGAAAACAUCUGAUCCGCCGAGCUGCGAGGAUGUUGUUACAGAACAGACUUAUAUAUCGCUGAAGACUUUAUUUUAUCCUCGACAUGAUAAAAGACUCGCCUCAGCUGUUGUCUGUCUGCGGAGUCGCGGCGUUAGCGCGUCUGCUGAAUAAUAAAGCUCCAAAUAUGUCCUUUAUUAUGAAACAACUCCGAAAGCCAAGCUGUCUUGAAGUAUUACAGCGUGGCUCGGACAGAGACUUUUAUUCGAGCUGCUCUGUCUCUCCGAAGACACUUCAUUCAUCUUCCUGAGGAGCACGUCAACACCGUUUGUAAUAGUCCGUUUAAAGGGCAGCGGCCUGCCUUUGUAGAGCGCUCGGAGGAGCCGCUUUUUCCGUCUUUGGAAAAGCCAGCCUUCGCUAUUUCUCCAAGCAUGGAAUCAGGAGAAGAAGGAAAAAAAAAAAAAAAAGGUCAGGAGGAAGGUAAAUUGUUUCCAGGUGCUCUGCAGUGUUGCAAUGCUGAUACAGUUUCUUUGUGGAAAGAAGUGAAGGGAGUCAGCGUUCAGUUGUGGUCGACGCAGGGAGCCUUCUGUCAUCUUUAGCGCCUGAAAAUCCGUGUGUGAUUAAAGCUUAUCACUUAAUUUGUCACCUUCAGAGGGAAUCCUCUUUCUGUUUUUGUUUUGUGUGUAAUCCUCUCAUCUUUUGGCUGUCUUCGUUUGUUUUGAUUGACAGAAAUAAUCCCGCCUUUUUCAUUAAUCGCUGUCUUCCUGUGCUUUUUUUUCCCCCCAGGCGUUGGCAGCCAUUAGCGAAGUGGGCGACCUGCUGCAGCUUAAAUACUCCAGACGUGAGCAGCCUCUUCCCUCACUCGGGUGGAUGUCUGAGGAGAGUCUGCUUCAGGACUGAGCCUGACCCUUCACCACCACCACCAUCACACCCUUUCUCUAUCUUGUCUUACAUCCCUUUUUUUUUUCUCUGAGCCACUCUCGUCAGACCCAAAAGAACCCAAACUUUUCACAGGUCACACUCACUCGACCAGAAUCCUCCUCAUGUACAUGUCAAAUGUUACAAAGUGCAUUCAGCCUUUGAGUUUUUCUUUUUUUUUGUCCUAACUUAUUGUGACUGCAUCUGUCGGAGUCUUAUCCCUGUGAGCACAUCGAAUGUGUAUCUUAUUUGUGCAAUAACAACAACAAUGUGGAGUUUCAUUGUGAUUCAAACAACCUAGAGCAGAGUAGACCGACUCCUACCACGAGUUAGUGCUCGUGCGCUUAGAAGAAAUAAAUCAGAUCAUAGCUAUGACGAACACAGGAGGGGAAAAAAAACGAUAUGUGUAAAUAAUAUUUAUCCAGGAGUUUGUAAAAUACGGCCUUAGGGUGGCAUCCCAAACCUCGAAGAGAGAUCCGUUUUUUUCACAGGGGUAACAGCCACAUGUUCACUCCGUGUGUAUUUAUCCGAUGGCUUUUUUUUUCUUUUCUAAUCACUUUUACUUGAAUAGAGAGUAGAGAAUAACGGGUUCUUUCCCUAACCAAAGGAUAUAUUGUAUGUGUAUAGAUACGUUUUCUACCUGUUCUCUUCAAAUGAAAAGCAGAUGUUCAAAAAGUCAGAACUUUAAAGAGAGGGGAAGAAUCCGCGGGGAGCAAAAGUCUUAAGGAAUAUUUUUUACUGCUUAUUUUCUAGAAAUAUUUCUCAGCCUUAUUUACUGUUUACACCUGCACUCAAAAACUUGAGCCCAGUGUCUUUAACAUGUCUAUAAACUAACCAACUCCAUGUGUAUUAUAUUCCCCCCUCACGCCAAGUCGCUCUCACUCAAGUGCUUUUAUGUGAAUCAGCGUCGACACGAUCUCUGAGCAUGAUGACGCGCUGUACCCUCUCGGUCUGUAUGUAUGACGAAGAAGCUCCCUCUCUGAUAUACAGACGGCUUUAUUUAUUGAAAAUGCGUUUGUCAUCACUCAGCUUUUUGUUAUUUUUGUAACGAUUUUUCCGAAAGGCAGCUCCGAAACGGAAGGUGUGCAUCCUCUCUCGACUACUUUAACGAGUCUUAACUUCAGUGCCGGCACUACUGACAGGCAUCUCGAUGCGCAGAUGACGUAGUCACCGAAAACGGCGAGAUAUAUUUGGGUAUGCUUCAAACGUCAUUGUGUUUUCUUCACUUAAUUUAUCGUCCGUGGUCUGGAAUGACAUUCCAUAUCAAAAAAACUGUAAUUGUCUUGUUUUGUUUUCUGUGUGAGGUUACCCCAAACAUCCUGGUCACCCAUGUGUCUGUUGGAGGCUGUGUCACAUCGUCUGGCGGUGUAACCAUUCCUGUAAAUGUUCCUCAGCUCCAGUUAAAGAGAUAUUUGAUGUUUUUGGAUUUCUAGCACAGCAUGACGACUACCUGGGGGUCUCCUUUUUAAGUGUACGUUCACCACACACUGAUUGCGUUUUUGUCUUUUUAAAGGGGGAGUCAUUCCAACUUUUGUUUCUUUCGUUGUGUUAAACAUGGCUUGAACAACUCAGUGAUGCAUUUGCUUUUAAUAAAUAUACUGUAAAAGGUGGAACACACGACUAUGAUCUGGGAUUGCAAACGUUCAAAUCUUUGUUGAGCUUCUACGUUUCUGUCCAUGGAGGCAGAAAUGUAAAUUACAAACAGCAACAUGUCUGUUUCUCUACGCCAAGUUUCCCUCAAUGAAACUGAGGUAUUAAAGAAACUCGAGAUAACUCAAAUGUUUGAGUUGUCGAGCUCUUUGAUGUCCCACACACCUGCACCAGUGACCAUCGGAAACUUCCCGUUAGGUGUUGAGUUUUAUUUGAGUUGAAGAUAAACCACUUAGAGGAGUUUGCAAAGCCAUGAUGUUUGUCGACCAUGCAGUUGGAAACAGUGCUGAUUAAAUCACUUUCUUUGUAUCCAGA